AUGGAUACCGAUUGGUGCAUCAUGUGCGAUUCUCACUGCAAUAUUCCCGGUGCAAUUUACUGUUCAGAAGAAUGCAAACUUCAAGAUCGUUUAAGUGCUUAUCCAUCAUUGGCUUCGACCACAAAUUCAUCGAUUUCAUCAGUUUCUCUUCAAUAUCCUACGGGUGGAAAUACAAAGUUUGAAAAAUCACCAACCGUUAAAUUUGUUACACCAAAGACGCCAUCAAUUCAAUUUGCUAAACACACCUCUUCGAAAGCAUGUGCCAGUGCGAGUAACGUACGAGAUAGAAAGAUGUCAAAAUCCACAUCGAAUUUCCGGAUAUGUGGCGAAUUUUUACUUGAGACCAACACGGUAACCAUGAAAGAAGCGAAGUCGGCUUUAGAACGGGUAGGCUUGACUUGGUCAAGAUCCGAGUUGAUCAUCACAGAACCCAUGAGUCAUGAUAACAAUAUGGUAAUGGGAAAACGCCUUAAUACGAUUUUUGAUCAAAGAAAUCGUAUAGUAAUUGACCUAUUGCCUAAUCUUAGAGAACAAACAUGA